UGACAGUUGACAUUCUGAUCUGACUCUGACAGGAUUGGCUUUGCGAGUUUGCGAGCGAAUCAGCGAAGUUGUUUUGUUGUAUUGGAUUGGAUGGCGAAGUUGGUUUGUUUGUAAAGACUUGUAAACAUUGUUAUGUGUAAUGCACAUUUUUUUAUCGACAAUUCGUCAUAUUUCAUUACUAUCUUUGAAUUUAUCGCUUACACUUCGCAAUAUCAGAACUAUCUAAAUAGUUCUGCAUUUAGUAAUCAGUUAGAGAUGUCGUGUGAAAAAGGGAUAAUAUGCCUCGUGGAUUCCGGAUUCUGAAAAGAUUUCUGAAGAUGCCUCUUACGGAAAACGGGGAUCAAUAUUCAGUAUGGGUGGGUUUAAUAUAUGUAUUCAACUUGAUUGUGGGCACUGGAGCGCUAACAUUGCCAGCAGUGUUUGCCCGAGCAGGAUGGGGCCUCAGCACGGCCUCCCUCAUCUUCUUGGCAUUUAUGAGCUUCAUGAACGUGACAUACGUCAUAGAGACUAUGGCGUGUGCUAAUGCUGUAUACAAAUGGAAGAGAUUACAGGCAUUUAAAAGAGACAGUAUUCAAGAUCAUGAGCAUGAGUCCGAUGAGGAGUCAACAUCGCAUCCAAAUGGUGACCUAGAAGAGCCUCUAGUAUGCGGGGAAUCCAUCCCAUCCCGCUACUACAGUUUAGAUCGCCGAGUAGAGCUCGGAGAAAUGGCAGACCUCUUCCUGAACAAGACUGGUCGGACCAUGUUCUACGUGACUUUAUGUGUCUACUUGUAUGGUGACUUGUCUAUAUAUGCAGCUGCGGUCGCCAAGUCUGUUAUGGAUGUUGUGUGUUCAUCGGGGCCACACAACCUGACGACUAUGGACUCCGCUGACUGGGACAUGCUGCCCUGCUUCAACACGACGGGGCCGACAGAGUACACACGGCUGCAGUGCUACCGCGUCGCGUUGCUUACCUUCGUCGGUGCUGUGGGGCCCUUCGUAUUCUUCAAUGUUCAGAAAACCAAGUAUUUGCAACUUUUCACGUCGGGCAUGAGGUGGCUUGCCUUCGCCAUAAUGAUCUCAAUCGCUAUCCACCUUCUCAUCAGCGACGGGCCUCAGGGGCACCCGCCGGCUUUUGAUGUCACAGGUUUACCCACUCUAUUCGGAGCCUGUGUUUACUCCUUCAUGUGUCAUCAUUCCCUACCAGGGCUCAUUAGCCCUAUCCGAGGCAAAAGAAAACUUGGCUGUCAUCUCGCUUUAGACUACGGCCUCAUCAGCAUCUUCUAUCUCCUUCUAGCAUACACCGGAGCCUUCGCAUUCGCACACCUAAACGACCUCUACACAUUGAACUUCGUGCCAACAGACAGUGAUAAUUUUCUCAUAAAAAUCGUGGAAUAUUUCCUCACUCUCUUCCCAGUAUUCACUUUGUCAACAAGUUUUCCGAUCAUAGCUAUUACUUUAAGAAAUAAUUUGCAAAGCCUGUUUUUAGACACCACUCGUAUGGAAUCAUACAAUUUUGUGUUGAGAAAGCUGUUCUUUCCAGUAGUGACUGUGGUGCCGCCUCUUUUGCUAACGUACUUUUUAGAGGACAUUAGUAAAUUGAUAGAAUUCACGGGUUCGUACGCGGGCACAGGCAUUCAGUAUUUGAUACCAACAUUUUUAGUGGUGUCUGCGAGGAGAUAUUGCUCCAACUUGUUAGGCCUGGGAGUCACUAAUGAGUAUAAGAGUCCGUUUUCUAACAUCGCCUGGGCUAUAUUUGUGGUGAUUUGGUCUGCAAUGUGCUUAAUACUCGUUUCUGUACACAUUUUCGAAAAGUCAUGACGUUAAAUUUCUUUGUUUUGGUAUAUGUUUAGUGUUUUGUUAAAUGCCAAAUUUUAUUUUUGUAUUAUAUGGAGACCGCUGGUAGGUCCAAUGUGAUCGCUAUUUAUGUCGUUCAAGCGCACAUAACUAUAGAAAAUAAAUGGAAAUUACCAAAUUUACUUAAAUCAAAGCACACGAUUUACGUUAUGUAAACCAUUUUUUUCUAAUCUCAUGUGUUGUAAAGUGAAGGAAAAUGGAUAUUUUUAGUCUUGGCAUACCAAAUAUAUAAGGUAUACUGUCAGAAAUGCAUGCUAAACGUUUAAUAUUCAAUAGUUAGUAACAUAAACAUGUGAAGUAUCCAAAGUUAUAUAUUAAAUAAUUAAUGUGUUAUUAAAGAUUUAAAGAUAAAAUUAUCAGAGGUUGGAUAUUCUAAUCUAAUUAGAAUCCUAUACUAUAAUAUUAGAUUUGAAGUAAAAAAAAGGUACCUAUAUUUCAAAAA